CAAAAAUAGUGGGGGAUACAUUUAGACGAAGUUCCCGGAGAUCUGAGAAAGGAUCCAUUCACCAUCCCCGCUACCGGCAGACAGAAGUGACAGUCGCGGUAGACGUUCGUCGGAGAAAAGCAAAUCACAUGAAGUUUUCCGGCACGUCGGCGAUUCUUCUCUAUUUUAUUGUUAUCUCCGUAUUUUCAGCUCCCUCUCUCGUGGAAAGCUCUGGAGGAGGAGAUGCGCGCCGAAUGAUGAUGAGCUUCAAGGAGACCCCUAAUGGAGGAAACGUCACCUUCGACUGCUCUCCUUCUGGUCCCUGCGUUCCCUGUGCCUACUCCGAAAAGAGUGAUGAAAAGUAUCGAUGUAGCGAAACCGGAUAUCGCAUUCCUUUCAAAUGUGAAGAAAUUAAAGACGGUUCUAAGGACGCAAAGAGCAAGAAAAUGCAAAAGAGUCGAUCUACAUUAGAAACUCACAGUUAUACAAUAAGGGAAAGAAGUUUGUUGGAAGAUUCAUCCACUUCCGAUAGUGGUUUGCAGGCUUACAUAACUUACAGGAGCUGUAUUACACCAGUUAGUGAAGAGAGGGUGUCAGUACUUGGUUUUGAGGGAAUAAUGAUGGGCUUGCUGAUGAUUAGUGGUUCGGCUAUAUAUUACAAAAGAAAGCGAGCCAAUGCAGUUCCUGGUGGUGCACCUGUAAGGGUUCCUAACAGUUCUCGAUUUUGAAUCAAACGUCUUCAUUGAUUUAAGGUUAGGAAUUCUUUAGCUCAUGGAAUGGUUUGAACUUGUAAAGAAGGUUGUCUUAGUGAUGUUGUAAUUUUGAUACUUAUGAACCACAAACAGAAGCCUCUUUUCUGAAUGUAUCAAAUUUCAUUCAA